AAAAAUCGUUUAUAAACGUUUGUUGACAGUGUCUAUUUGAUAUUUAUUUACCAAAUAAUCUUAUUAGACACCCACUUUCUUCUUAUUGUAAAAGCCUAAAGAACUUUACAAACAUGUCUUAUAUGUUAGCACAUUUGCACAAUGGCUGGCAAGUAGACCAAGCCAUUUUAUCCGAGGAAGAUCGAGUUGUGGUGAUAAGAUUUGGACAUGAUUGGGAUCCGUCAUGUAUGAAAAUGGAUGAAGUACUGUACAGUAUUGCAGAAAAAGUAAAGAACUUUGCAGUUAUUUAUCUUGUCGAUAUUACUGAAGUACCAGAUUUUAACAAAAUGUAUGAGUUAUAUGAUCCUUGCACAGUCAUGUUUUUCUUCAGAAAUAAACAUAUUAUGAUUGAUUUAGGGACUGGUAAUAACAAUAAAAUUAAUUGGCCCUUAGAAGAUAAACAAGAAAUGAUUGACAUAGUUGAAACUGUUUAUAGAGGUGCCAGAAAAGGACGUGGUUUGGUAGUAUCUCCAAAAGAUUACUCAACUAAAUACAGAUAUUAGUUUUAUGUGUUUUUGUUGAUAUUCUAAUAAAAGGAAUUUAUUUAUAGAACAAUUAAAAUAAUUUUCAUAUUAAUAUGUAAAUGAUUUUGUGAGCAAGUUUUGUAAUAACUUAUCUGGACUUGAAUUGCAUGUUAUAAUAAUAGGUAAUAAAGUAUAUAUUUGAGGAGA